AUGUCAGCCAAGAGCUUCAGUAUAGUCACAGUCACUACCGUGCUUAUUUUCUUCCUACAGCUACAACUCUCUGUGCAAGCGCCGCUGAAUGGGUCAAAAUGGUCCUAUAUUGGUCCUGAUGGAGAGAAGGCCUGGCCAAAGAAAUACCCAUUUUGUGGAGGAGUUUUCCAAUCACCAAUAGAUUUCCACAAAGAUAUUCUCCAGUAUGAUUCUGAUCUCUUGCCUUUAGAAUUCAUAGGCUAUAAUGUGUCCUCCACUGACCAUUUUACGUUGACCAAUAAUGGCCAUUCAGUGAAAAUGUACCUGUUGCCUACUAUGUACAUCAGAAACCUCCCAUUUGAAUACACUGCAUCUCAGCUUCACCUACACUGGGGAAACAGCAACAAGUCAGAAGGCUCAGAGCACACAGUCAGUGGGAAGCAUUUUGCAGCAGAGCUGCAUAUUGUACAUUAUAACUCUGAGAAAUAUCCAGAUAUAACAGCAGCAAUGGACAAAGGAGAUGGACUGGCAGUUUUGGCUAUUCUUCUCGAG